AUGAAGUGCCGGGUGUGCAUACUACUGCUGCUGCUCCUCGUAGGGGUGAGGAGGGGCAGAGCGAACGUGGUGGAGGAUGAUAUUUUCUACCAAAAGGGGGAGGUGGAAAAACUUACCUUCUCCCUUGACCACCGAGUGAGAGACAAGUCCAAAAAGGAAAGGGUGGAUUACACAAAUGGGGAAAAUGCCUAUGCGUAUGUAGACAAGGCAAUUGCAAAAGUGUUUACAUUAACCUCUGAAGCGGAGAUAAAAAAAUUUUUUUCUCUCAACAAAGAUGUGAAGACGUGUGAUUACUUAAUCGCUCAGGGGUCCCUCAAGAAGGACCUGCAAAAAAACAAAUGCUAUAGGAAAACCUUCUGUGGAGUUAUCCCCCACAGAGAGUACAUACCAGGGGGGGGGUCCUCGAACAAACGGGAGAGCGAUUUAAUACACUGCGCCUACAUGAAUGAUACACACAUUGUGAUUUACCAUGUGGGGAGGCCUCAUCUGCUCAAGCCAAACGUUGUUUACGAAGAACUAUUUUUCCAGGAGAGUGAAAAGGGAGUCAUCAGCUGUCACGCUAUGAACAUUAACCUGAGGUAUGUGGGCAUCCACACAAGUGGGAACAACACCUGCAUACAGGACUACCUGCAGGAGCACCUCAAAGAAUUGUGUAAUGAGAAAAAGGCCUGUGAAAUUGAUUUUAAAAAUGUGAAGAAGGGGAACAGCUGCAGUCUGGAAAACAACUUCCUCAUCCAUGUGAAUUACGAAUGCGUGGAUAGCUGUAAUCAAAAGGAGAACCAAACGUGUGACAUUUACAACGGGGAGGGCCGCAUGACUACAUGCAGGUACGGCUAUAACAUGCUGCCACGUAUUAACGAUUUUUGUGAAAAGAAUUACACCUGUAAUAGUCGCGUUUGCUCGGUUAACCAAUUUUGCGAUGAGGCAACAGAAUCGUGCGUUUGCAAAACGUCGCUGCUGCCGGUGGAGAAGACGCACUGUUUGUAUACCCACGUGUGUGACGCGAUCAAAUGCCCUGAGGACGCCACCUGCGUUGUUGAGAGAAAUUCGAAGAAGGCAGAGUGCAGGUGCGACGAAGGGAAGUACCUUCACAAAAAUGAGUGCUACAACAUGGAAGAAUUGGAGAGACUCAUAAAGGCAGAAACCACUCCUCAUGAGAAGCAAUAUAAAAAGGAUCUUUUCAUCCGUUCGGCUUUAAAGCCGGAACAUAUUUACAUGCACUGUGAAGAAGGCUACUCCAUCCAUGUGGUUAACGCAACUCUCUCUUGUUACCACAUCUCCUUUAAGGAGAACAAAAUUAAGUAUAUUACGGAUAGGUUGAGGGAGGCCUGCAACGGAAGGGGGAGGUGCGCCUUUGGCAACAGCGUAGACCAAGUGGUACCUCCCCUGGACUCGGCUAACAUGUGUGGCACGAAGGGAACCAUUUACCAGUACGAAUACGUGUGCGUGCGUGGGGGUCCCUCUCCACCGGUACCUGUGAUGGCACAACUGGGCAGAGACCCCCCCCCGAAGAGCCUCACCAAAGAGAAGGGAGCAAUUUUCAGGAGCAGAUUCCACAGCCAAAUAGAAUGCCCAGGUGGAACCAUAACGGUAAACAAGGCUUUCCUAAAAGCGGGAGACGGUUGUGAAGACCUAGAUUUAACCAAUUCAGUUAAGGAGUACUGCGACCAGCUUAGCUUUUGCGAUGUGGGAUUGACACACCACUUUGAUACGUAUUGUAAGAAUGACCAGUACCUGUUCGUUCACUACACUUGUGAGGACCUCUGCAAAACGUGUGGCCCUAAUUCGUCCUGCUACGGAAACAAGUACAAACAUAAGUGCCUGUGCAAUAGCCCCUUCGAGAGUAAAAAGAACCAUUCCAUUUGCGAAGCACGAGGUAGCUGCGAUGCACAGGUAUGCGGCAAGAAUCAAAUUUGCAAAAUGGUAGACGCUAAAGCAACAUGCACAUGUGCAGAUAAAUACCAAAAUGUGAAUGGGGUGUGUCUACCGGAAGAUAAGUGCGACCUUCUGUGCCCCUCAAACAAAUCGUGCCUGCUGGAAAAUGGGAAAAAAAUAUGCAAGUGCAUUAAUGGGUUGACUCUACAGAACGGCGAGUGCGUCUGCUCGGAUAGCAGCCAAAUUGAAGAAGGACACCUCUGUGUGCCCAAGAAUAAAUGUAAACGGAAGGAGUACCAACAGCUCUGCACCAAUGAGAAGGAACACUGUGUGUAUGAUGAGCAGACGGACAUUGUGCGGUGCGACUGCGUGGACCACUUCAAGCGGAACGAACGGGGAAUUUGCAUCCCAGUCGACUACUGCAAAAAUGUCACCUGCAAGGAAAAUGAGAUUUGCAAAGUUGUUAAUAAUACACCCACAUGUGAGUGUAAAGAAAAUUUAAAAAGAAAUAGUAACAAUGAAUGUGUAUUCAAUAACAUGUGUCUUGUUAAUAAAGGGAACUGCCCCAUUGAUUCGGAGUGCAUUUAUCACGAGAAAAAAAGGCAUCAGUGUUUGUGCCAUAAGAAGGGCCUCGUCGCCAUUAAUGGCAAGUGCGUCAUGCAGGACAUGUGCAGGAGCGAUCAGAACAAAUGCUCCGAAAAUUCCAUUUGUGUAAAUCAAGUGAAUAAAGAACCGCUGUGCAUAUGUUUGUUUAAUUAUGUGAAGAGUCGGUCGGGCGACUCGCCCGAGGGUGGACAGACGUGCGUGGUGGACAAUCCCUGCCUCGCGCACAACGGGGGCUGCUCGCCAAACGAGGUUUGCACGUUCAAAAAUGGAAAGGUAAGUUGCGCCUGCGGGGAGAACUACCGCCCCAGGGGGAAGGACAGCCCAACGGGACAAGCGGUCAAACGGGGGGAAGCGACCAAACGGGGUGACGCGGGUCAGCCCGGGCAGGCGCACUCAGCAAAUGAGAACGCGUGCCUGCCCAAGACGUCCGAGGCGGACCAAACCUUCACCUUCCAGUACAACGACGACGCGGCCAUCAUUCUCGGGUCCUGCGGAAUUAUACAGUUUGUGCAAAAGAGCGAUCAGGUCAUUUGGAAAAUUAACAGCAACAAUCACUUUUACAUUUUUAAUUAUGACUAUCCAUCUGAGGGUCAGCUGUCGGCACAAGUCGUGAACAAGCAGGAGAGCAGCAUUUUGUACUUAAAGAAAACCCACGCGGGGAAAGUCUUUUACGCCGACUUUGAGUUGGGUCAUCAGGGAUGCUCCUACGGAAACAUGUUUCUCUACGCCCACCGGGAGGAGGCUUAG